UUAUAUUCCCUAACUAUGUACGUUCCUGACGGUUUAUUACUACGUCACUGAAAGCAAAAAUGGUGGUCGAUAUGGAGUUGCAGGAAGCUAAAAAUUACGUUCUUGAGCUUAUGAAGGAUAAGGACAAAAUUGAAGCCGAAUUAAAAGAUUUAAAAAAAAUUUUAGAUUCGAAUCAUGUUGGAAUGGAUGAACCAUUGGUUGACUCUGAAGGAUAUCCAAGGCAAGAUAUUGAUGUUUAUCAAGUCAGACACGCUAGACAUAAAAUAAUAUGUUUUAGAAAUGAUCAUAAAGCUUUGAUGGCUAAAAUAGAGGAGGGUUUGCACAAAGUGCACGCAUUAGCAGGAAAUCAAGCUGAAAGUUCUAGUACAGCUACAAUAAAUGAUAUUGAAGAUGUUGUACAAUUAGAGCCUUUUCUUAGGGUAAAUUUGGUAUCUCCUGGUUCACCAGCUGAAAUUGCAGGAAUUCAACUUGACGAUUUAAUACUGGAAUUUGGUUCUAUUGAUUUUAGAAACUUUAAAUCAUUAAAAGAUAUUGGUACUUUGGUACAAAAUAGCAGGUAUAAGAAAAUUGGUGUAAAAAUUAAACGUGGAUCUGAUAUUUUAGCCUUGAUUUUAAUUCCACGUCCUUGGGCUGGCAAUGGCUUUCUGGGUUGUAAUGUAAUACCUAUAGAGACUGUUGAAAGAUAAAACUUCUAAUCAGAGUACUUAUUUAUAAUUAUAU